UGGAUAAGAGCGUCUGCUAAAUGCCUGUAAUGUAAUGUAAAUGAAGAGAAACCAUGGGUCAAAAUGGGUCAAAGUUUAAAAAUACUGUAAAUAGCAACAACAUCAUCAUCAUCAACAAGAACAGUUACAGUAGUUAUCAGGGAGAGGGGAAAACAUAAAACGUGAUAAUUUCACAAUUUUGCAUUCAGCUAUUUAGAUUUUUCCACGAGACUACAAUCUACAGUCUACUAGAAUGAAUUGUCUGUAUUUACAAAACAUUGAAGCGGACAAUCUUUGUAUUUACUCACCAUCUUUGUUAAAGGUAACGUCCACCUGAAAUUUGGUGAUCAACUGUGAACGAUCCCGGAGUUUUGAAAUACCAAAUACGAAUAAAUAAACAUAACGUCAGAAUAAUAGCUAUAUACAAUCACAGUUUUAACUAUUAUUGGUUUAAGACUUUGAUAGAGGUUACUGUUUGUCAAACGGCGCUUCGCUGAUGUCAGGUUAAAAUUUAAAUAGCACGGAGCGAAAAUUGAAAGGGGAUCAAACUAAUCGGCCCACGUUGUUGGAAAAUGAUCUAACGUCAGCUAAAGCUACAAAAAAUCCUGCUGUGCUAUUUUUUGCAAUAUUCCGUAUAGCUUACUCGCCCGCUUGGUACAUGUUUUUGUUAUGGCAACGCGUCUUUAGUCGGAAAAGGGAACUUGAAACGAAAACUUUUUGAAGACAAGAGGGAGUACCUUUUGUUUCCGUAUAACUUAGCUAGCUAGCGCGCAUAGCUACUGGUCAGCAAGCUCUCUUUCAAGCAAUAGCGAACUGUAGCCUAUGUACACUUUUGUUGCUGGUUAGCUAGCUGACGCUAGCCAAUUAAUUCAAAAUUACGAACUUCACUUUAGGAGCCUGCUAAUACCUGGAUAUACAUUGCAGAUUGCACAGCCAACUUAGUUACUGCUAAAUUAGCCAGGAUUUCUCAGUUAGUUAUCCCAUCUCAAGCAUAUAACAUUGGCAUACAAGGUUCGUUAGUCUAUACCACCAAAUGAAAUUAGUUAUUAAGAGCAGUUUCGGGGAAAAAGAAACGUAAAAUAAAAAACUUGGCAAUGUCAACGAAUGGCAGCCCAGCUAAUUCAUCUUUAGUUUCGGAGCUGUCGUUUUCAUUUCAGGAUGAACUAACUGCGACCAUACACAAUGCAUUUGGAGUGGCUGUGGAAAUGGCUGUGCUCGAGAUCACCAAACUGGUAGGCCAAGCGUUGGGGGAUGUGCGUGAUCAAAUGCAUGAAACAUUACGGGAGAAUAAGUCACUCAAGCAGCGUUUACAAGCAGCUGAGUUGGAAGUUUGCACCCUGCGUGAUCGCGUCAGUGACGAAAGCAACGCGCAGCUGGCUGCGGCAUGCAAGUUUAGCUCUGUUGAUGGAGUUCAACAGGUUCAUCUACCACCGUUACCCCAUAUCGACAGCCUACAAAGCCAGCCUAUCACUGGAAAACAAAAACAGCAAAGGAAUAUCGAAUCAAAACAGCCAAUUGAUGCAUUAUUGAAUGUGGAUGAAAGGUAUGAGUUUUUGACUGCAGCUGAGGAAGUCGAUGGACACCAUAAAAAAUCGUUUUGCGAAAUCCGUGAGGAUGGACGUGUCUGUUCCCAUGACCUGAACUCAAAUAUAGGGGGCGAGUCAAAAUCAAAUGAACCUCAAGAAUCGACAGGUACAGAUGGAAACCAUCACAAUUUGUUCACGGCUGGCCAGAUGGGUGGAGUGCAGUUUAAUCGCACACAGUCACAAACAGCUCCAGGACUGGACAACGCCCAGACUUUUGUUGAAGGACAGAGUGUACCUGAUGCCGUCUGUCCUAAAUCUGAGGUAGAACAGCCCCUGGAGGUGAAAAAGGAGUCACCGGAUCUCACUUGUGCCUCUGGCUCUGGGCCCUUUGGUGGGGGGGCGGAAGACAUUGGUCCAGAUAGCCUCUCUCUGGCUCAGUCCAGACUUUUGGAAGACUGGAGGCCUGAACCUCUGCAGCUGCAGAACUGCAGCACAGACUCCCUCAUUCCCUGCACCAGCCACUCUCUGUCUGACUCAACGAUCUUCAAUCCAGAGAUACCGGACGUCCUCUCACCAGCAGCCAGCGGCAUGCCUCUGCCAUUCUCCAAGCCAUACCAGCCUGGAGAACCCGCACGGAUCUCAGUCGCAGGUCAGCCGUUCUCCAGCCAGAUGAGUGACGGGGAUGCCAAGAUGGCUGCCUCCAGUAGGAACCACCACGUCUGCAGGGUGUGUGGCCAGGCUUUCCAUCUGGCUGGGGAGCUGCGGAAACACCGCGCCCAGCACCACAACCAUGCCCCCGCCACCGCUGCCCCCAAAAACCCUAAGCGGCAGGUCUUUCCACCAGGCCGCAGCCCCUACCACUGCUCCUUGUGCGGCCGUGACUUCAACCGCAUGGAGCACCUGAAGAUCCACCAGCGCAUCCACACCGGGGAGCGGCCGUACGCCUGCUCCGUCUGCAAUGCCCGAUUCCGCCACUCGUGGGCGCUUACCAGGCACUUCCGCAUCCACACGGGCGAGAAGCCCUAUGUCUGCAACCAGUGCGGAAAGACCUUCCGGAACUGUGGGGGGCUCCGCUUCCAUCAGAGGUCCCACUCCAUUGGAGGGGUUCCCUGACCUAGCUGGAAUUGGAAUGGGGUGGGGUGGGCUCUGGGAGUGGACUACAAAUUAUAGAGGUAGAACAAAAUAGUGCUGAAAGAGUUGUGAUGUCACCUUACUCAUCAUAGAAAACAGAGAGGAGAAUGAAGAGACUGAAAUGAGAAAAAAGGCAGAGAUGGUUUGUCCAGUUAGUUGUAGUGCGAAAUGCAAAUGGGUCUUGAUGAGUGCAGACUCAGUGAGGUCUGCACAUAAGUGCUUGGUGAAAAUGUUUUACUGUUAUCUGAUAUAGGAGAAAACCAGUGCAUACAGCCAUUUAGAAAAUAAGCCAGAAUAAUUGGUUGGAACAAAAACCUGGAUACAAAGCAGCUCAACAGGACUGGCGUUGUGUAGACCUGGCCCAAGCCUUCUGGAAAACCAAGUUGUCUUCUUGUCUAAACAUUUUUUGCAUUGUCCGUGGUAUACAUUUUACAUUUAUAUUCACUGUCUCAGUUGGUCUUUUAAGCUGGACUGAGUGACUUGGAGGAAAACUCCAGGCUAAACACUUUUGCAUUGUAGGAAUUGCAAUUUGCAUAUUGGCAAUGUAAAAUGCAACCCUGGUUCUAUUUUCCUUUUUUUUUUCCUGUAGACAUUGUGAAUUCAACCAGUAGGCUAAUAACAGGUAAGAAUGUCCAACCCAGAUCUAAUAUGAAUAAGCACAUUAUUAUUAAUUAUUAAACUUUAUUUAUGCAGGGAAGGUUGACAUAACUUAGCAUAACAUAAUCUAACAUAGUGACGAGAACAGGCCAUUCAGCCAAAUAAUGCUCGCCAUUUUGACUGAGCACACACGUUCUCCACAACGCCCUGUGAAUGCCCCCAAGUAGCCUAGCCUGCAUGCCUUUGGAUUGUUGGCGCAUGCUUAGCGUUGUGUCCAAUAAGGGGUAGAUUCAUCCAAAUGACACCUGAACCGUAACCGGAUAGUUGCAGGCAGUGCAGGGAUGCCGUCUGUAGUGACAUCGGAAGAAGCCUGACAGGUUCGCAACUGUAAAAUUGGAAGUAGCGAUAAUGAAAAAUAUAUUACACAUAUCAGAUAAUAAACCCUGAAAUUAAUUUCACAUCGCUGCUACAUGUUUACUAAUGAUGUUUUUUAGCCUGGAGUUUUCCUUUAAAGUUCUGGGACAGGUGAAUAAAAAAUACUUCAAAUAUAUACUUUCUUUUUGGAAUAGUAGGUGAAAGUUCCUCAGAUUAAGAUUAAGUUCCUCAAAGUCUCUAGUGAAACUUUUAGAAAGUAAUUUUUGUUCCGUAACUUUCAUUCUGUUGUUGUAUGUUUACAACAUUGGGUUUUCCUCAAUCAGGCCCAACUUCUCUUAGUUACCUGUCCAAAUGUAUCCUUGUUUUCUCCCCACCACACAAGGCAAAUGCGAACUGGCCUUGACUGAGCAAAUUACUACAGCUAUACUCUGUAACUAUGUGGGUUCAACAAUUAUGCAUUUCCCAGUUGGAAUAGCACCACCAAAUUACACGUUUUUAAACAUUUAGCAGCUUAUGGUUUUACAUACAGUCCAUUUGUAUAGUGGGAUAUUUACUGAAGCUAUUCAGGUAAACAGGAUUUUUCCUGGCUCCAGAUUUACUACAUAUUGUUAGUAAAGUAUAAUACUUUUUAUUGUUUUUCGAGUGUCAAUGUUUUACUGCUUUGGGAAAAGUCGCCAGUUGGAAUUCACGUAUACAUAUUUGGCUAUUGGCUAAGCGACUGUUUGAUUCUUUGGGACGUCGACGGCAGGGCAGUUAUACUUCUUAACAGGUCAGAAUUUUGUGGAGGUGACACAAAAUUCGAUAGUAGCGGCCGCCUCAGAAUUCACUAUGCAGGAGAAACCCUGGGUUAAGUAUUUUGCAUUGAGGUGCAAUGACAGUGCCCCCUGGGAAUUGAACCAAAAUUCUCUUUCAAGGGGCCAAGCCCAGUUCACUAACCAUUACCCCAUACUGCAACCAGCUACUGCACAUCACUGUUGCCCUAGCAUGUGUGUACUUGACAUCUCCAGUUGGAUUGAGGUUUCCUCCCAUUUAGCAUUUUAUCUGUGAUUAUUUUGCUGCAUUUCCUGAUUGUGUCUGUGCAGAUUUUGUCUGGGAGUUGUCUGUCUGGUUUACUAGUAAGCUUGAUGGAGCCAAUGGGAGAUAAAUACACAAUCAGUUGUGGUUUUUAAGGGGAAGAGGUUUUAAUAGGCUUGUAGGACUUCAUUGUAUAAUUGGGGAGCUGUUUGGAAAGUAAGGGAACAAAACGACACUGGGCAUAGAUCUGCAUAUUACAAGGGAUCAACACAAGGAUUUGUGACAGUUUCAUUGAGUGUGGCUGAAAAUAACCCUUUCACACUCUCCGAACUUUCUUAAAGCCGUUGUGAAUAUCUGAAGAACUCAACCUAUACCACAGUCCGAAAUAUUACAGGUUCUGAUUACCUAAGAACUACUUUUAUUUAUAAUAGGGAAUUAAUGCUGAACUGGAAAAAUGUCUGAUCGUUGUAUUUUCUAGAACCACCUUCAAAACUGUGCCUGAGUUCAGCUCCAAGCUUGGGGCUGAAGUCCAAUGAAGGUUUAGUGUUUGCAGGAUAAAGGUCACUGAACCUUCAACUCCCCCCCCCCCCCCCCCCCCCCCCCCAUGUUUUAUUUUUAUUUUUAUUGUACAUUUUUCAACUUGUAGAUACAUGGGAGCAUUCAAUAUGUUUUAUAUAGCCACUUUCAUUACAAUGGUCUGUAAGGUCUUGAUUUCUGAAAAUCUUUGUUAAUAAAAACCAGUUCAUGUUGGCUCUGCUGGCUUAAAAUUUCAUGCUGAAAUCUCACCAUGAGUAACUUAUUUGUAGCUUGGGGUGGCCAAAGCUCCACAAUGAAAGAUGGCAAAAUUAUUGAUCAAUACUGAUCAACAUGGUGGAAUUAGGAACAAUGGGUUUAAGUUGGGGGGGGGGGGGGGGGGGGUUAUCCUGUAAGUUUACAAGUUUACUUCUGUUAAGUAAAGUGAAAGUGCAUUUUAAGUACACUACCUGGAUUUAUACAUUUUAUACAUUUUGAAUAACUAACUAUACAUCUUUAUCUUGCUGCAUAAUUAUGGUAAAUGCAAGAAAAAAGUGAUUGCAUAGGGUCUGCAAUACCUGUCUCUAGGUUACUCUGAAAUCUAAGUUGGCAAUAUUUACUUUGCCUGCAUCCACCAACCACAAAUAAUACUAACCAUGAAAUUAUCGAUUUCUUUAUUUUUUGCAAAUUGGCAGGCCAAGGUACACUUCUACUGUUGAUGACUGAAGAGUUCUCACUAUAAUGAAGAAAAAACCCCAAAAACCUGUCUAAAAGAUCAGAAACGCUCUUCAGGAGGCAGGCGUGGGUGUGUCAGUAACUACUGUCUGCUGAAGACUUCACAGACAGAACUACAGAGAGUACACUGCAAGAUGCAAACCACUAAACUAAAAACAGGAUGAUCAGGUUACAGUUUGCCAAGAAGUACCUAAUAGAGCCUGUAGAGUUCUGGAAAAAAAAGGUGUGUGGACUUGUAUCAGAGUGAUGGCAAGAGCAAAGUGUGGAGGCCAAAAAUAACUGCCCAAGAUCCGUAGCAACCCCCCUAUUCUGUGAAAUACGGUGGGGGUGUUAUGGUUUUGGCAUGUAUGGCUGCCACAAUUAAUAGUGCAAUUGUCUUCAUUGAUGAUGUAACUGCUCAUAGCUGCAACAGAAUUCUGAAAAGCACAGAAGCAUCUUAUCUUCAACCAAAUGCCUACAAACCGAUUGGAUGGUGCUUCAUCCUACAAUUAGACAAUGAUCCCAGUCAUACUGCUAAAGCAACAAAGAAGUUCAAAGCCAAAAACUGGAACAUUUUUGAUCCAAUCUGAAUCAAACUGUAUGUGCAUUCAUUAUGUUGAAGAGCUUAAGACAACUAGCCCCCGAAACAAGUAGAAGCUGAAGAUGGCUGCAGUACAGUCCUGGCAAAGCAUCACCAGAAAACAUAAUCAGCACCUGGUGAUGUACUGUAUAUGGGACACAGACUUCAAGCAGUCAUUGAGUACUAAUUAAUGAUUGAUAUGUCCCAAACAUUAUGGUGCCCUAGAAUGGAAUGCAUUUUAUCUAUAUACAAUGCUGUAAUUUCUACUUUGGUGAAGCCUUAAUAAAAGCAGAGAGUGUGCAUUUUAA